CACUGUUCGAGCAAUGGCAUUCGCAGCAGUCUCAUUGUGUGGUAUGGAUUCGUGAGCCUGAGUGCGACAGAACGAAAGUGAGAGAACGGCGAGAACCUUUAUCUUAUGCAGGAACCUUUUUAUGCUAGUCUUGGCGCUUGUGCUUUUGGUCGUAAAGAAAUCCUUGAGAAAUAACCUAUAAAACAAGGCAGGACUAUGGCUGAAGAACAGAAAAAUGUAGUCAAUCUUGCCGAUCUUUCUAUAAUGAUGUCUAGCCCCUAUACCUUAGACGGCAGGCGCGGAUACCAAUAUUGUGAUUCUCAUCAGGAAAAGUGAAUGAAAAAAAUGGCACUUCUUCUACGCUGUGUUUCGCGCCUUCUGGUUCUCACAGCUGUCGUGAGCACCUCAGCAACUGGCCAAGCACCCUCAUCUACUCCAUCUGCUGCAGAGACGGAUGCAGCUUCUACCUCCUUGUGGUCCUCCUGCCUGAAAAGUCACUAUCCAGACUCCAGAGAAGACUUCGCGUAUUUGUUGAACUGUCUAGGAUUAACAGGAGAGGCCGCUGAGAUUGGGGUACAACGAGGCUUACAUGCCAAACAAUUCCUCGAGAAAUGGAAGGGCAAAAAGCUUUUUCUAGUGGACCGUUGGACCCACGUGCCAUCGGAUACGUAUUUACGAAAUGCUAAUACGAAUGGUUGUAAAAAUGGUAAUGCAUAGUUUAAUAGGUUCCUAUCUAAUCUGCGUCGACAUCGCCAACAUAAUAACUAAUUAGUUAGAUAACGAUUGGAAUUAGGUGCCUAUGUAUAAUGAUCAUAAUGUUUAAUAAUGAGGAGCAUAUUUUAAUUAGGUGAAUAACCAUCGUCGAUGGUCCUAUCUAUAUCUAUAAUGUCGAACAAGACAAGGCCCGCUUCUAAUCUGCAUCGACAUCGCCAACAUUCCAUCGGAUGGUAUGCAGCAAUUGAAAUCCGAGAUGGAGCGGAACCUAGAGGUUUUUUCUUCGCGUUAUGCAGUCCUAGAGGCCUGGUCCGAGGAUGCGGCGAAGAAAGUCCCAGACGGAAGCUUAGAUUUUGUUUACUUGGUUAUGGAUGGGGAUCGAUAUGGAAGUGGAGCUCAUAUUACAUUUAGAGUGCUUGAUUAUUUCUUCGACCUCAACUUCCUCAACUUGCACGAAUAUGAGGCUUAUUGGUCGGAUUUAGCAGAGGCACUGAAAUAUAUACUCUUGCUUUGAGUAGUUUGAAGAGUCACAACGGAACUAGACAGUUGCUUGUAGCUGCUACGUGGUUCGAAUGAGUGAUUGAAUGAAUUGCCCUAGUUGCUUCUCAUGUUCAACAAGGUCGAGAAACCUCGCAUCAAUCAUGUCAAGCGUAAUUUUCAUCAAGGUAGUAUCCAUUAUGCCGAUGAACGUUCUGCAGCGCUUCUCUAAUCCCUAUGCCCGCCACGACUUCCAAGGCGUCUAUGCGGAUCUUAGUUCUUGGUGGCCGAAACUGAAGAUUGGUGGUCUGAUAGCUGGUCACGACUUCUGUGAUGGCGAACUUCCAGAAGGCGAUUUCUUCGUAGAAACAGCUGUAAGGAGUUUUCUAGCCUUGAAUCAGGAGGAAGCGGAAGGAGAAGAAAAAAGUGUAGUGGUUGGGGAGACGCAGCAUUAUGAAACGAGGAAAAAGUGCACUCACACUCAAGAAAUUGGCUAGGAUUUAAGUAGGAAAAUAGCCACUUUUUAUUUAAGUAGGAAGUGCACUUUUUUCUUUCAUAAGCAUGAAUCAACUACUAGUAGUGGCACGACAGGGACAGCAGAAGUAGAAGUAGAUGACAAACUCAACAAACAGUUUCCGGUCGUCCACGUAACUCGUGAGCAGACCAAGUACUUGUCCUUUUUCGUGUUGAAAACAGCUGAGUUGGAUACGCGCGUGAGAGCAUCGGCUUUCCGUUCGAUCGCGUUUCAUCACGUGUAUCCUCGCUUUUCGUGGUACUUUGCGCUCUUUCACCGGGACCAGGAGCAUUUUCUGCCCAAGUGCAAGACACUGUGUACCUUCGAUUGCGAUCGACGGCUGAGGCGCAUAUUUCCGGAAGAAUAUAAUACUAGUUCUAGUGACGACCGCCUUGCUAGCAUUUUUACAGCAGGAAAUGGUGAAACGGCAAAGGUCGAAGAGAAGUCAACUGCCGCGACCUCAACAUCACCUUCAUCGCAGUUAUCCCAGGGUUACGGAACCGAAUGUGAGAGACGAUGUUCUGUCACCUGUGGGCAGCGCCAGAGCCUCUUUACGAAAAUCCAAGCAACAAGAAGAAAAGGAGCUAUUGCUACCCUAGGUGGGAAAGAAGAAGCUCAUGUAGAAGUAGACGAAUUCGCGCACGUAGAUGAGGAGCAAUUCAAGGUUGACGCUGCUCUCUUGGACGACUGGAGCGACCCAGUACCUCAUGAGAAGGAAUUCGUGCUCAAUCUAGACAACUUCCCACAGGUAGGAACGUCGACCGCUCCAGGUAGAAGCGCUAGCACAUCAUCGAAAGACGACUCAGCAAUAUCAAAGUCGGGAACAAGCAGAACAGCAACGUCAGAUAUCAUACCAGCUGCUGCAGGAGCAGCGGGGAGACCGUCUUCACAUACUACGUCUUCAGUUAGAAGACGAGAAGAAGAUACGUCAAAGUUACAUCAUGUCAUUUGUGGCUCAGUGCAUGGUGCAAAGCACCACGCAUUCAAUUUUUUCAAAUGGGGAGUACCAUCUGAGAAAAGUGCUUCAUUAUUACCUGACGAGUCAACCUCAACAGAUACAACACGUAAGACGCCGUAUAUUGAUAGAGAAUUGUGAUGGAAAUAUCGCCUCUACCACUUUACUCCCUUGUGAAUAUAAUCGACCAAGUUCUUGAACAUCUCCACGCAAAAACCGUUUGCGGGCGGUGGCAGCCUCUGCGCACGCCUUUGAU